AUGGAGGGACUCGCCCUCAGGCGCGUGCCACCCCCUGGUGCUGGCUGGGGAAAACGUGGCAGCACGGGAGGGCAGUACCGUCCCUCCGUUGGAGCCCCUUCCCUCCAAGGCCCCCGAUGGAACCCCACCUGCCCCGUUACCAUCCAGAACCCCCGUGAGCCCCGGGACAAGCAUCGCUUCGGCACUGGCAGGGAGACCUCCGGGGUGGCGGAAGGAGAGCUCCCCUUCAUUUACAAGGAGAUCAAGGCCCUGGGUGGCACUGUGCUGUUGGCCGCCGAGCCCAGUGAGGUGACCGCCGGUGCUGUGUGGCUGGGACCUGAGCCCCACAGGCUGCCCCUCGAGGGCAUGGGGCGAUCGACCUCCUUCCCGGGUGGGGACCCCACUGAAGAUGCUGUGGCUAUUACGCCGGCCGUGCAGACGUCCGCCUUCCUUGGCACCUUGGAUCCUCGCGAGUGCCUGGUCCUGGGCAGGGACUUUAAUACGACCCUCGAGGAGCAGGACCGCUUGGGGACUGAGCAGUGCCCGGCCGCCACGGACGUCCUCCAGGAGAUAGUCGACCAUCACUCCCUGGCGCCCCUGACAGACUUUACCGAGGUCUGCCAGGAGCACCCAUGUCCGACCAGGCACCCCAACCGACCUGACCAAGGCCGGUUAGAGCACCCAGGAGACGAUGAGGACAGAUACCAGUCAUACUGCACCAUCUGCUGCCACAGAGCAAUGACCUGCUGCUGUGUAGCAACGCAGUCUCACGUCUGCCAGCAACCAGGAGACAUACGGAAAUUGAAACUGACGCACAACAGUCAGAUAGGACGACUCUGGAUUUCCCUCACUCUCCUCACCAUCCUGUGUGUUACUCUUCAAAUUGUGCGGAAUCUGCAACCUACCCACAACUGCAGGUGUGACCAGAAACUCAAGCGACUUUCCCUCCAGCAAAGCACUGGCCGUGAGAACUUGUUCCAGCAGGAGAAGGGGACAAGCUCUGGCCACCGAUUUCCUGAACCUUUGGAAAGUGAUGUCCCACAAAACAGGCAGAAAAAAGUCAUAGCCAAGCCCAGGUCUGCUGAAAGCAUUCUGCACAUCACAGAACUGGGCCAGAUGUUCAGCCAGAACCAGGCCAGCACCUUGAACAGCCAAGAUGGGGUCUGGAAGAAGAGUCAGAGAGAAGACAGCAAGGAUGUGUGGAUCCUUCAGACAACCAAGAGACUGAAAUCCCAGCCCCAGGUCUCUGAAAGGGCACCCAAAAGGGAUCAUAUGGAUAGAACUGUGACCCCACCUCCAAGCAGGAAGCCCAUGACUAAGGCAGCAGAUCCCUUCAGCAAGAAACCAGAAUCUGCAGCAGAGAUCAUUGCCAAGGAGCAAACUUCAAGGUCACCAUUUGGGAAGGUUGCAGGGUCAUUCCAGAGCCAGGCAGAAGCCACAGGCUCCCCCAGCCACAGGGGGGGCAGCUCUUCCACACCUGCUACAACAGCUGCCCCAGUACCAGACUGGGUCACAAAGGCAGAGAAGCAAAAUGACGCGGCAUCAUGGAGUAUGGACAGAGAGCUGCUUCAGAGCAAAACCACAGUUCCCAGAGCUGGAGGAGAUGCACUUGCCCACAUCCUGCCAGCUGUCUCCAACUCUUCUCGCACAGUAGCCUGCAAGCCCAAGACCCACGUGGUGUUCCUGAAGGUGCACAAGAGUGCCAGCAGCACUGUCAUGAACAUCCUGUUCCGCUUUGGAGAGACGCACCACCUUACCUUCGCCCUUCCCAUCAAUGGUGCCAGCCAGCUGGGCUACCCACACUACUUCCUGGCAGAGUCUGUGGAGGGAUUCACCCUAGGCAAUGCUUCAGCAUUUAACAUUACGUGCCACCACAUGAGGUUCCUGCAGGCACAGGUGCAGAGAGUGAUGCCAAGCUCCACCUUCUACUUCUCCAUCCUACGGAACCCCAUCUGCCUCAUGGAGUCCUCGUUCACUACAAAAGGCAGGUCCCCCUUCUCCCGUGCCCAGAGCCUGGAAGAAUUUCUCAGCCAGCCAGCCAGGUUUUAUAACUCCUCAGCCCCCGACAGCCACUACGCCAAGAACCUCAUGGCUUUCGACUUCAGCUUCAACCACAAUGGCAAUUUCUCUGCCAAGCACAUGCAGCUGAUGCUGCAGUACAUCGAAGAGGCCUUCGACCUCCUCCUCCUCUCUGAGUACUUUGACGAGUCCAUGGUGCUGCUGAAGGAGGCACUGUGCUGGGACCUGGACAGCAUUGUGUCCUUCCCACUCAACAGCAGGGAGGGAAGCACCAGGUCACCCCUUUCAGAGAGCACAGCAGAGAAGAUAAAGAGCUGGAACAGGCUUGACUGGGCAAUCUACAGACACUUCAACAGGACCUUCUGGCAGAGGAUCGACUGGAGCAUGGGCUGGGAGCACAUGCAGCAGGAAGUCAGGGUGCUGCGGGAAAGGCGGGAGCGUCUGGCCAAGACCUGCCUUCAAGGGCGGGGGAGUGUAGGCCCCCGCGAGCUCAGGGACAAGUCACUGGCACCGCUGCAGUAUGGCAAGGCCACAAUUCUAGGCUAUAAUCUGAAGCCAGGGCUGGACAAGGUGACAGAGCGACUGUGCCGGCACAUGGUGACACCUGAGCUUCAGUACAGCAGAUCCCUGUACAGGAGACAGUUCCCUGAGAAGGCCCAGCGGAUCUACAGGCCAGCUCAUCCACCCAGGAUACGCAACGGGAUAAUGGGCUGAGAAAGUAAAAGCAUAACGGCCUGCCCCAAACA